CUGUGCUACCGUGCAGCUCCUCGGAGAGCUUGUUCCACUCAGGUGCAGACACUCCUGCGACCGGGUCAGCAUUUAUUCCUUACAACCAAAAAAAAGACUCUGAAAGAUGCAAAAACAAUAUACAUCAGUGAGCCCCACCGAUGACAUCACCGCGAAGACCGAGAAUGUACCUCAACCAAAGAAAUACCGCUACAUACGCAAAGAGGGCAGCUGUAACGUGGUGUUUCGCCAUGUUCCCGAGGAGUGGCUGCUGUUCGUGACCGACAUCUUCACCACCUUGGUGGAGAUCAGAUGGAGGGUGAUGUUCCUGAUCUUCGCCCUGUCUUACAUCCUGUCCUGGCUUUUCUUCGGCAUCCUCUACUGGGUUAUCGCCCUCGCUCACGGUGACACCAGAAACAUCACGAGUGAACCCUGCAUGUACCAGGUGCACAGCUUCACAGCCGCUUUCCUCUUCUCGCUCGAGACCCAAACAACCAUUGGCUACGGUUACAGAGGGAUGUCCGAGAACUGCAUGAUUGCCAUCAUCAUCGUCACCAUACAAGAUGUCAUCAGCUGCUUCAUCGACACGUUCGUCAUCGGAAUCGUUGUCGCCAAAAUGGCCUCGGCCAGGAAGAGGGCGCAGACAGUUGGCUUCAGCAACUCUGCCGUCAUCAAUCUUCGAGACAGCUACUUGUGUCUUUCCUGGAGAGUCGGGGACUUCCGCCGGCACCACCUGGUGGAAGGGACUGCUCGCGCUCAGAUCGUCCGUUCCACGGUACACACGACGGGGAAAAUGGACGUGACAUACGAAGAUCUGGUCAUCCAGCAGAGGGAAAUCAUCCUGGUCACACCUACUACCGUCUUCCACAGGAUCGAACCCGGCAGCCCUCUGUACAAUAUGAGCUUGGUAGAUCUUCGGAAAUCAGACUUUGAGCUAGUGGUGUCUUUUACCUACACGGACGACUCCUCCGGUAUGCUGCAUCAGACGCGCACCUCGUACACUCCAGCUGAAAUCCUCUGGGGUCAGCUGUUCCAGGAGAUGAUCAGGGUCAGCCGGAGGCACUACAGGGUGGAUUACACCUUGUUCAAUCACACCGCCAAGGUGCUGGUGCCCGAGGUCAGUGCUGAGGAGUACGAACACAAGAAGCAAUGGCGGCCUUCUCCCCGACAUUCGCCACGACAUUCACCAAGGGGUUCCAAACGACAUUCACCCAGGUCUUCACCGCGCCAUUCCCCCAGCUCUUCCCCGCGCCCCUCUCCAAGGUCACACCAUCAAAAUCAUCAUGAAAUGCUUCUGAAACCCCCAACGGUAACUGUGGAACUUGUGAACGAUAGUUGCCCAGAACCAAUUGUUUCAACGUCUCAAGCAGACAAUCAACAUCAAGACAGGUUGAAUCUGCCAAAUGACCUAACAAAUAUAGAAAUAUAAAAGCAGAACCAUGAUGAUUGAGGCCGCCAUCCAUUAAGACAUUGUUGUAUUGAGGAUGCUAUUGAAUCUCAUUUACUGUAAGAAUGAAGAAAGGGUUCUGGCUUCGUUUCUUUUUAGCAUCAGAUCUUUUGAAAGUGACACUUCUGCUUAAAUUUGCUUAAAUUUGAGUAUCAAAGACUGAACCCCUGUAGGCUUGAAAGAAGGCGCCUUCCAUUAAUUCCAAUGAUGCUACAUGUAGUGCUAGGCAGCUAGCAAGCACUAGCCAAAAGGUAGCCGACAAACCACAUAUGCUACCUCUAUCCAUCAUGUGACCAUCGCCUUUCAGAUCAUAGCGGUCACUUGGAUGUCUCCCAUUAAA